AGGACGCGCCAAGUGGGGAGCAUUGUUUUCAAAAAGGGUGCCAAUAUAAGUCAUUUAAUGACUCAUCUGGGCUCCGGAUAAUUUACUUUCAUAUCUCACAUGUUUUUUUUCUGGAAAUGCAGCAGAGGAGACUUUCCACAUCAAAGAUGUCAACAUGCAGCUUGUGAAAAGAACUCAAAUAUCUAAUCUGACAUCUUGGACUUCCUGCAAUCACCACAAAUAUACUUUUUCCCCGAAGACAACAGACAGCAUGUUUAUGGACAGAGGGACAAACCGGACAGAAGAUAACCUGGAGCAAUAGAGAAUUUCAGGGAAAAGCCACUUCCUGACUAUGUGAAUGGACAAGUUGUGAAAUCAGCCGUGUGUUGACUGUUCUUGACCUCUGCAGUGUUUUUGUGCUCAAGCAUGUAAGCGCUAAAUCUACGCCACAUAGACUAGUGCCACCAUCAAGAACCUGUGUUUAGUAAACGUAAAGGAAAAACAUCAAGCAGCAAGCUUUUGGUGGUUUGCAGGAUCAGCCGCUGAAGAUGCUUCAGACUGGUAACUACUCGCUGGUGCUGUUGAUCCAGCUGACACUGUUGGCCUAUGACCUCUUCGUCAACUCCUUCAGUGAGCUAUUGAGAGGAGCCCCUGUCAUCCAACUCGUGCUUUUCAUCAUCCAGGACAUUGCCAUCUUGUUCAACGUGAUCAUCAUUCUGCUGAUGAUGUUCAACACCUACGUGUUCCAGGUGGGCCUGGUGUCCCUGCUGCUGGAGAGGUUCAGGGCCCUGCUGAUCGUCUCUGCUCUCUACCUGACGCUCAGCAUCUGCUUCCACUGCUGGGUGCUGAACCUCAGAUGGCUGGAGUCAAACCGUUUUGUUUGGACAGAUGGUCUUCAGGCUCUUUUUGUUUUCCAGAGAACAGCGGCAGUGUUGUAUUACUACUUGUACAAACGAACGGCAGAGUACAUGGGAGACCCGAGGCUGUAUGAGGACACUAUGUGGCUGAGGGACGCCUUCGCCAGAGCUCGUCAGUGAAGAGGAGACAGUUUUUAGAGACGUUAAGGAUCUGCAAUGAAAGGCCCUACUGACUUCUACCACCAGGCAUCAUUAUCAGAUAUUGUGAAUUUUGGAAUAUUUUCACAUUUUUAACAAAGGAUAAUGAGAAGUCUUAACCUGUUUGUGUUUACUGGCUCUUCGUAGCCAAAUGGGCAGUCAGUUAAAAGGUUUACAGUGGCAGGUAAGCCAACUAUAGUAGUAUUGUAUUAAUCAGGAUUGUCUGGUAAUCUUUGUGGCCUUCGUAAAUCAAUUUAAGUUGCAGACUGAAUGAUUGAUGAUAAGUUUAUGGAAGAACUGUUUCAAGUUUGUUUUGAUCUGUACUAAAGUACCAUUUUUAGAGCAUUUAGUGACAGUCUUGUUGGAUAUAUUCUGCUGUUCCGCUGAAAAGGAGGAAACCUGUUGUUUUAUUUUGCCUUACGCAAGGUUGUUAUGUGUUGUUUACAUGGUUAAAGCCAAUUUCAUGUGAAUCCAGUUGUCUUUGAGUGGGGAUCUUUGAACCGUGUUCCCGCUGUUUUUAUUAAAUAAUCCUUCUCUAA